UCCAAGGCUGCUAGAAGCUAAUAUUCUCUCUGCCAUUCAUUAGAACCAAUCUCAACAGAUAAAGAAUUUGAGAUCACAAGACAAAACAGAGAGAUGAGCCUUUGCUACUCCCUUGGGCUCUGUGCCCCGAAUGCUGCUUUGUCAUCUCUUUCUUCGAGGCCUCGCAGUGUAAAAGCUCCUCUCUGUAUUACAUCUCACACCAACACAGACUCUCUUCUUCAUAAUGUUGCCAAGAUGAGAGCAAAGGCUGGUGACUUCUUUGGAGCAAAGAAGACAAUCUUUGCAGCUCAACUCGGAACACUUCUUGCCACGAUUGAUCAUCCGGCGUUGGCAAUAACUGGAGUCAACCACCAGCAGGAACUGAACAGCGUGGUGUUCGAUAUCGCUAUCAUAUCGGUUUGGUACUUCCUAGUAAUGCCACCAAUCAUCAUGAACUGGCUGAGAGUAAGAUGGUACAGAAGAAAGUUCUUUGAGAUGUAUUUACAGUUCAUGUGCGUUUUCAUGUUCUUCCCCGGGCUACUACUAUGGGCACCAUUUCUCAACUUCAGAAAGUUCCCAAGAGAUCCAUCUAUGAAGUAUCCUUGGGACAAACCAAAAGACCCUUCCUCAAUCAAGAACGGUUACCUCAAGUACCCGUUUGCACAGCCAGAAGAUUAUGACUACUAAAAAUCUUGAUUUAAAAAAAAGUUUGUCAAUGUAUAUACUCUGGAUACACUCAGUGUGCAGGCUCUUUUCUUAUACUUGAGGCUCUAUGUUCACUAUAAUCAUAUGACUAUAAAACUCAAAAACAUAUAAUAAUAAACAGAAAAUAACUUUAUUC